AUGUUGGUGGAACGCGUUACACAGUGGAUCUGGGAGGCGCUGGGUGGCACCAGGAUAGAAGAUCUUUGUGCCUUCCUGGUGUUCGUCGCUUUUCUUCUGAUAACGAGAUUCGUUCAGUGGCUCAAGUAUACUCGCACCUUACCGCCAGGUCCAUGGGGGUUGCCGUUUCUCGGUUACCUGCCGUUCAUACAGAGAGUUGGUGACCUUCACCUGUAUUACUACAAGCUGGCCAAGAAGUACGGCUCGACGUUCAGCAUCCGCCUCGGCACGCAGAUCAUCGUCGUUCUCACCGACCCUAGCGUCAUACGUGAGGCGUUUCGACGCGAGGAGUUCACCGCCAGACCGCGCAACGAGUUCUACAAAAUCCUCGAUGGAUAUGGCAUCAUCAAUGCGGACGGACAGCUGUGGAAGGACCAAAGGAGAUUCCUCCACGAUAAGCUGAGAAACUUUGGAAUGGCCCACAUGGGCGGCGCCAGGAAAGCCUUGGAAUCCAAGAUCAAAUAUGAGGUCGAUAACUUCCUCCGGGGGUUGGAGCUGCGACAAGGAACGCCGACAGAGAUCUCAACCCUCCUCAGCAUGUCGAUCAGCAACGUGAUCUGCACGAUCAUAAUGGGAACGCGCUUCCACCACGGCGACCCGCAAUUCAAGAGGUUCAUGGAUCUCAUCCAGGAGGGCUUCAGGCUCUUCGGCGAAGUGGAUACAGUGAACUAUGUACCGAUAUACCGUUUCGUGAAAAUCCUAAAUAAUACACGGAACAAAAUCGCGCAGAACCGAAUGGAAAUGGCUAACUUCUUCCAAGAGAAGAUCAACCAGCACAAGGCCACUUUUGACAAGGACAACAUUCGCGACGUCGUGGACAGCUACUUGCUCGAGUUUCAACGAGCUAAGGAGCAAGGUCAAGAUAAGGAGCUCUUCCAGGGAAAAUAUUUCGAUCGUCAGAUACAACAAAUUCUGGGCGACCUCUUCUCCGCUGGUAUGGAGACAAUCAAGACUACGUUGGAGUGGUCGGUGAUUCUGAUGCUGCACUAUCCGAAGGCGGCGAAAGCGGUGCAGGAGGAGCUAGACCAGGUGGUAGGAAGAUCGAGAAUGCCGUUGCUGGAGGAUCUACCCUAUCUUCCGAUCACCGAGGCGACAAUUCUAGAGGUCCUUCGCAGAUCCAGCAUCGUACCGCUCGGCACCACGCACGCUACCACACGAGACGUGACUUUGAACGGUUACCACAUACCAGCCGGCAGUCAAGUAACGCCGAUGUUGUACGCUGCUCAUAUGAAUCCGGAUCUGUGGGAAGAGCCGGAGGCUUUCCGGCCGGAACGUUUCCUUACCUCUGAGGGCAAGGUCUACAAGCCGGAGUGGUUUAUGCCAUUCGGAGUCGGUCGGCGAAUGUGUCUGGGCGACGUGCUGGCGAAAAUGGAGAUCUUCUUGUUCUUCAGUUCUUUGCUGCACUCUUUCGAUUUGAGGCUGCCGGAAGGUGCCUCGCUGCCCAGCUUGAAAGGCAACCUCGGCAUCACAUUGACGCCGGAUCCCUUUAAAAUAUGUGUAUCCAAAAGAAGCCUCGACGUAGUGGAAUGCGAAGCCAAUGAAAUUGCCGUCAGUGGACCUCUCAGAAAUGUAGGCAGCCACUAAGCAUCCUCGGAUCCAAGCUACGGAGCACGGUAGCUGUUCCUAUCGGGAGGAAAGUCAUCCGUAUGAAAAAAAGUCAUCCUGUCGCAUUCACCGAGAUGGAUCCUCUAAGGUUCAUAUCUAUCUGUAUAUUAAUUAUCGGAAAACGAUCGAAUGUGGUUCAUAUAAAACCAAGCGUUUGAGCCGCACACAAGAGUGGACAUAAUGAGAAAGGGAGAGAAUAAACCAUAUACUUGGGAUAUCUCUCUCUCUCUCUGUCUCUGUCUCUUUUUUUUUGCUUGCCAAAUUUUAUCAACUAAACUAGACUCUAAUAUAUUUCUGUCCUUUAUUAAAAUUAAGAAAAGGAAAUAUUUCUGGUGAGCAAAAAUUACUCUGCUAUCAGUAGAGAAAAGAAGAUUUUUCUUCAAAUAUUUUUUCUUCAAAUAUUAAUUCUUUAUUUUCUGUCUAACUUUCUUUGUGAUCAUAGUGCGCAAUUGAUCGUUUUCCGACAUCCAAAGCAGUUUUCCUAAUGAAUGAUUCGAAAGCAGUUGAUGAUCCUCCGUGAAAAGGUAAAAGUUACUGAAGAAAUUUCGCCACUAGGAUAGAAUUAUAUAAACUAAGAUUAGGGUAUAAGAGAUUCUCGAGCGUAUUCGUUGCUUGAUGUGCCCCCACCACAAUUUUGGUGCGACGAGAUUUUCCCACUUCCAAUUUAGCCGUUGAUCCCAUUACUAACGAGAAUUUGUUUCGCUGAUUUUAACAUUUCUAUCGGUGUAACGCUACAUCUGCAUUUUUUAAAGGACCUACCACCUUUCUUACGUCCGUUUUAAAUCCGUGGGCACGAUCUCGCCAUAUCAGAAGGGUGGUUUCCUUUUAUCGUACCAAAUUUGUUAUUGUGAGAAGACGAGAUGACUCGAUUAAUCGAAGUAACCUAAAAAAAGAAGUAAAAAGGAAAAAAAGAAAAAACAAAAGAGAAAGAGAAAAAAAGAACGAAAUCGUCAAUCGUGUCUUUAAUAUCGCGGCAAUCAUCGAGCUGCCACGAAUUAAUAAUCGCGACACCGUUAUUACGAUCCCGUUAAAAAUUCUGAACAAGUAUCUUCUUGGCGGCUCGUUUCGGGGGACCAUAAAAAUGGUAAAUAAUUUUCUUGGUUUCGAGAGUAACUUUUUUGUAAAAUAGCGCGAAGGAGGAUUAAUCGGAUGGUCGAAGGAAGACGAAAGAGUCCUCUUCGGCGACUGCUUAGAGUACAAAAGGAGCCUACGGUUCGAAUCCAUUCUCCCUAUCCUCCGCAUCCUCUUACGUCAUCAUUUACUCACUACCUUUAUUCACUCACUACUUCAACCCCUUGCUCGUCUCCGCAUCCGCUCCUAUGGAUAUUUAUUUAUAACACUCCGCGAACGUUACUUUUCGCCUGCUCCUUCUCUUCCUUCUCCUUCUGCUCCUCCUCCUCCCUCUUUCCUCAUUCCCCGCCAGGUAUUUAUUCGCGCUUAGUUACUAGAUCGGCGAGAUCGACGGGGUCUCGACGUGUCGAGUGGUUUCGACAGCGAUUUCGUGUUUCUCGCGGGUAAUGUCAAUCGCGCCGUGUCGCGACUUGAUGCGACACACGGCUGUCAAAGGGUGCCUCGCGCAUCGGCGUUGACGUUACAUCGGAGGAUACGACCUGACGAAACCCACGUCACGAUCUAGAACGCCGCUGACUCGUCGUAGAUCUCCGCGGACGAACGAGGGUGGCAGCUUGUUGCUCGAUGCACCUCUUUCGUUCACAACAACGUAAUAAUAACGCCAUUAAGGUAAAGAAAAAGAAGUGAGAAUGUGUACCAAGACGAGCGGAAUAUAUACAUAGAAAACAUAUAUAUAAACAUGUAUAUAUAUCACGUGUGUACAUAGAUAAUCGUACAUGCGUUGUCGUAUGUGUUUGUGUGUGUGUGUGUGUGUAUUUAAUAAUAGCUGGUCGACGAGACGAAUCGCGUGCCUAUCGAGAGGAGCAGGCGAGAGAGGACUGCCCUCGCAUCCAAGACCACCCGUUGAUGCCGGUGCGGCAUCAGCGUUUUCUAGCGGCACGAGCGGAUCGUGGUCGCGCCAAUCGGCACCACGAAUCAGCCAUAUCCGAACACCGUCCGAGCCGGACCGAGUCGCGGGGUCCGAGAACGAUUUUCGUGAAAGUCGCCAACAGAUUCCGUUGCGACAUUCGCCAUCCGGCGUGGCGAGACGCGACACGAACGCGGUGAGACGACGAAUUUCUCUGUUCGGAAAUAGAAUGGAUAUAUAUAUAUAUAUAUGUGUGUGUGUAUAUAUAUAUAUAUAUAUAUAUAUAUAUAUGUAUGUAUAUAUAUAUAUAUGCAUGUAUGUAUAUAUGUAUAUAUGUAUAUAUAUCCAUCCUAUUUUCGAGCAAAGAAAUUUGUCGUCUUCGUCGCACUUGUGUUGCGCCUCGCCACACACCAAAUAUAUAUAUAUAUAUAUAUAUAUAUAUAUAUAUAUAUAUAUGUAUAUCGAUACCGAUAUCGAUCGUGCACUCGGCUCAGGUGCGGGCAAGGGCUGUGAAACCAAGACAUCCGGGAUGCACGGUCCACGAUUCAUUGUGACGUCGUGCUAUCCGAUUUCCUAAAGGUAUCUCAGGCUGUGCAUCCUCGAGGCAACGAGAGGAGCGCGAGACUGCGGCGCCGAUCUCGUCCCCGAGAUAGAGGAGCUCGAUGUGCCUUACCUUUAGCUCAAACGACUGACGGAUUCGCUCUCGACUGACAAGAUCGGCGCCGUGCGCGUGAUGCGCUUCAUCGUUAGAAUACUGGAUAGGAUCACGAUGGGUCCUAUCGUAUCGUGCGCAGUUGUACCGAUUCGAAAUACCACAUUGUGUUCACCCGUCGACAAUCUCUGUGUGAUAUUUAAUAAAAUAAAACUGUUUUGCAGUUCAGAAAAUU